AUGCUACCGACUGAAUCGCUUGGGUGGAACGGCCUCCAAGCUCUCAAAUCACGUUUGUCCGGCAGACUAGAGAGGUUUACGAGAGACAAAACACCCAGUAGUCGCCCGCAGAAAUUACAGAACGACGCAGCCUUCUUCGAGGUCGACCUGCGCCACAUUUUCACGAUAACACCCACGGUUUACGAUAUAUCACAAGAUGACUACUACUAUAUGGAUGAAGUGGCACAAAAUCUUCUGGCCUCACUAAACGAGAUGGUCAACAAAGACAUCAUCGAGCAUUCUGAUGAAUCAAUCGGUCAAGAAAUCAGAUCUUUCAGAAGCGUACCAUCCAGGUGCCCACGUACAGACGCUCACGAUAUCACAGUACUUGGCGACACGUACCCACAACUGAGUGCCCUGCUCGCCUUCUUAGAUAAUUCAACAGAUCACUUCAACUUGGCUACGGGUCCAGGGUCACUAUUAUUUGAACUGCCCCAAGGACAGGCUGGCGUUAUUGCGAUGGACCACGUAAUCACAUGGAAAACAUUCUUAGAAAAACUUGCGUCUAGCACACAGGAAUCGCAAGUUUUUCAACAUAUAUCCCCACAGCAAGAGGAGUUCUUGUCGCCAGAAUCAACCCAGAACCAGCUAGGCUUGCGUCAAAAGCGGGCAAGCAUUGUGGUAGACGCAAUAUUCAAGGAAUUUCGAAAAUAUGAUUGUGGAAAGACUCACGAAAUCAAGUUGAAAGUUUCAGACGAUUGGCAAACUAGUCCUUACCAAACGGCUCUGAAUAUGUUCGUGUCUUGCUGUCCGGACGGAAGUGUUUGGCAGGAAGCCAAGUGCGGCUCAUUCCAGUACGUUUACACUACCACUCUUGAUUUGCUGGCUUUUCUUUUGACAGAUGAUUAG